UUCCAACUUAAGUCUCGACACUUAUUGCUGUGUAGCUACUAAGUAGCGCGACGACAACCGGUGCGUCAAUGAUCCUGUGACGCGAGUAGCCUUCGUGGUUUCUGAUGCCCCUCUUGGGUCGUUUAGCAAUUGACUGGGCUUUCGCAGCCUUGAGCAUUUCUGUAUCUAGUUUUGAUACAUGGCGAACCACGAAGUUCUCGGCGCUCUUGUAUACAGGUCUGACCAGCGCUAUCAUCGGGGACGUACUCAUCGCCGGAUCCCUGUGCAUAAUUCUAAGACAACGCUUGAAGGAUAUUCCAGGUUCGCGAACGAGCUACGCAAUGCGGUUGCUCAUGGCUUAUAGUAUUGAAACCGGAGCUUUGACAAGUGCGUGCACGUUAGCAUGCCUCGUAACGUUUGCCACUGUGCGUCAUAACUAUGCCUACAUGGUGUUGUAUCUGCUCUUGUCCAAGUUUUACUUGAACGCGCUACUGGCAACUCUCAACGCACGUCGUAGCCUCAGAGCUGUUACCGCCAAUCCAGGACUGGAGCAACCCUCGAUACCAGUGAUCGGCGGAAGGGCAAUCGGUCAAGUAAACGACAGCUUGGUAUGGUGUGCUUGUCCACAAUGCCGACGCUGCUGACGAUCGCAUUCUAGGUAACUCAACAGAGUACCUCGGAAAUUAUCACAGAAUAUCAUCAUCUCAAUGCUUCUCAUACGGUAUCCGAGAAUAAGGAUGGCAUUACCACUCAGAUGUCCGACGAUUCAGGGACAGUAUUCAGCCAUGGUAACCUGCCAAUGCGAUGGGAAGGCACGAUCCAUAGUGUCUAGUCUUCACGUCUGUGUUUACGUAUC